UAGUGCUAGUGCCAGACCCAAGCCACAGAGUAGAGUAUAGAUAAGAUAGUAGGUAUAGGUGCCCAAAGACAGUUCACUCACUUUAAAAUACGACGGAGUGUUUUGGUAUAAACUGACCUCUCUGUUAUAAAUGCUGCUAGCUGCUAUCACAAUCAGAGUAAAUGCAAGAUUGAAAUAGUGAAGCCAGAUAUCCGUGUUUACCGUAUAUAUUUUUUUGUGAUUUACGAUAUAUGGCGAAUAUGUCUUCAGAUACAGCUCAAGUUAGCUCACUGCCACUGCCACCAAUGCAGUACAUAAAUUUUUACACUGAUGAUAAUGUUCGAAGGAACAGAGCACCACUACCACCUCGUCCUAUCCAUGAUUCUUAUUCUAUGUUUGGACACCCUUUUAAUGCCGACGAUACUAUAAUCAGAUCCUUAGAAAGUCAGGGUUUUCGUCGUCUCUACCCAAUGCACUUUGAAAGAAGAAGAGAAUUGAAGAAAUUGAACCAUUCGCUUUUAGUUAAUUUCUUAGACCUUCUAGAUCUACUGGUGCAUUGUCCAGAUUCUCCAAAACGAGCUGAAAAAGUUGAAGACUUAAGUUUGUUGUUCAUUCACAUCCAUCAUUUAUUGAAUGAGUUUAGACCUCAUCAGGCAAGGGAAACAUUAAGAGUGAUGAUGGAAUUACAGAAACGUCAAAGGGUGGAAACUGCUGCAAGAUUUAAAAAACAUUUAGAUAAAGUACAAGACAUUUUGCAAAAUGCUUUGCAGAGUUUACCAGAUCAGAAUGAAAUAGAAUCAAACUUUAAGGUACCAAUUGAAAUUCUGGAGCAUAUGGAAUGUAAUACAAAUGAGAGUGGAAACGUAGAUCCUUGCUUUGAACUGGACCGUAUCAUGUGUAAUGUUGUUGACAACAUGAGAUAGAUGUUGUUUGGAUUGGAUAGGUUUUGAAACUGUUAUAAGUGUUUUUUAGAAUCUAGGUACUGCUAAUUUUACAUAUAAGAAAUUUGCUAUUGUGUAAGUUAAAUAAAAAGAGUUUUUAAGAUA